UCCCCUCUCUUUUUUCCUAUUCAUCGAAGUGUGCUUCUUUUUUAUUUUAUUUCAGCAUUUCAGCUUGAGACUGCAGGCAGUGAGGUUCACGACGUCUCAGUCAUGAGUAGCCUUUAAAUACAACAACAACAACAAUAAGCCGUCCUGUUAACUUAAGAUUUUUAUUUUUAUUUUUUCAUAAUUUUACAAAACUCGGACAGUGAAUGAGACAUCAUUGGGCCAAGCUUUUCCAGCCCCUAAAGCUUAUAAGCUUUUGUCGAGUUGCUACGAUAGUUGAUAGCUACUGAAGCUUCUACAAGCAAGAUGUUUCUACGAGCGUGUUGUAAGCCGAGGAUUACAAGGAACCGUUUUGUUGUUAUAUUUUUAACUUGUGUGAUAAUAGCAAAUGAAUGUAUCUUCUAUGCUUUCACGGCCACUAAUUGGCCAGUCAUCACUAACAACAGUGAAGACAGUGUUCGGGUAUUAAUAGCAGCAGAUCCUCAAAUUUUGAGUGCUCAGACAGAGCCAUUUUACCCAUUUAGCAUACUUACAUCUUGGGAUGCUAACAGAUUUAUUAGUCGUGGAUUUCACUUGGCACUGUGGAGGAGCAAGCCAGAUAUUGUUGUAUUUUUAGGUGAUCUUCUCAAUGAUGGAAGUAUUGCUAGUGACUUUGACUUUUCUUCAUUAGUUCAACACUUCAGAAAUCUAAUGUACAUUCCAGACUAUGUGAAGCAUACUAUAUUUGUGCCUGGUGACAAUGAUAUUGGUGGAGAGGGAUCUGACCAAGUGACUCCACAUAAAAUUCAGAGGUUUAAUUCAAUCUUCAACCAGUCAACUACUCUACAGUACAAAUUCAUUGACUUCAUUCAGGUUCAAGUGUUGGAUAAUUUCAACAUUAAUACCAGAACUUUGCCCUAUGAGGACGGAAGGAUACGCAUACUGCUGUCACACAUACCUCUCUUGCCAGUUACAAGGAAGAAAAUAAAGGAGGACUGUCAGUUAUGCAGUUUCACUCAGUGCUGGAUUGUGUGUGUGAACCUCCACCAUGUUCACCACUUGGAGUAUACUCCACCACACUUGAAAGUAAUAGAGGAACAUCCGUCCUUUAUAUUCUCUGGGCAUGAGCAUGAGUCCUUAAAUUUUGCUGGCACUAAAGACAAAGCACAAGCUCAAGAAUUUCAUGUUCUCAAAGAAGAAAUGAAAAUUUGGAAUUUUGAUACAACUCAAGAUAAGCUUCAGAAGGACAGUUUUCCCCCCUGCUCCUACAGGAUGGGCAAGCAGCGGUAUGGCUAUGGAACAGCGGUUAUUGAGAAGUCCGGCCUUGUGCACUACACCGUCAUGUGGUUACCGUCUCGCUUUACACAGUUGUGGCUGUACUUGAUUGCUCUUGGUGUCAUCUUUCUUAUUUUUUUACCACCUAUUCUAUGCAUCAUCAAGGUUUAUGUUAUAAAUUUUUAUCAUCUUUGUGGAGUUACCUUAGGAUUCGGACCUAAAUAUCAUCGUGUGUAAGCACUAUUUACGUUGUAUGCAUGCACAAUAAGUAAAUUUACACAUGUAAGAUUCCUGCAACCACAAACAAACAAGCACACACAGGGUAUAUGUUGUAAAUAUGUAAUGGCACAAAGAAGCAUACUGAAAGACUAAAGCAAAUUAAUAUGUAAACUGUAGAAAGUGUACACGCCAUAAUAUGAAGCUUAUGUUCAAAAGUAGGGCCGAGGCAGAAAAAGUGACCUCAUGGUAAGGAUAGUAAUAUUAUUAUAAUCAAAAAGAAGCGCUAAGCCACAAGGACUAUACAGCGAAGGGUAGUAAUAGCAUCAUAGUUUUUAUUGACUUGUUGAAAUUGGGUCAUGAUGCAGUGGAUCCAUCUCAAGGAUUUUGCGCUUGUACUGAAAUUCUUUAUAAUGAAAGUAUAUUUACAAUGAAUUAUUGUUUAUUAUUGGAAAUGUAGGUUGUGCACACUAUCUAAUUGUACAAUUACUCUAGUGUUUAAAUUUCUAGUUGUUUAUCCUAUGUAUCAUUGGUUACAAGAGCUGUAUGGUCCAUAAGGGUAAUGCAGCACUUGGGAAAUGGAGGCACUAAAGUUUGAUUCAAGGGAGGAAAGGUCUAAUUCCUUGAAUCAAGAGCCACUCACUAGCAUCAAGGCUUCUUUCUUGAUGGGUUUGAUUGAUAACAGCUUUUGCAAGUAAACUUGUAUAAAUCAGGCACAUCAAGGGUUAUUAAAUUUUUUUAAACGUGAUAAAAGUUUGGUUUUGUUACGGUAAUUAAAAUAUUUGUGCAAGCAACGAUCACCUUUUUACUAGUCUUGCACAUAUGUAAGUUGGUACUGGUUCAGUAUACUUUCAGUAUAGCACCAGUAUAAUCUACUCUUCACUAUUCAAUGUGCAUUCAGUUAAAUAGCUAAUAUUUUACCUUUUUUUUUUUUCCAAACUGAUUUUGUAUGACGAGAAUCUCUUAUAUAAAAUUUUAAGAUGCUAAUGAAGUAAUUAAACAUUACUGGAAUGCUGGUGGAAUUUUUAGGUUUUCAUUGGAUUAUAUUUUAAUGUAUUAUACUUGCAACAGUAAAAUAGCAAUAUAUUAAAAGAUUGUUUUAAUU